GUACUUGUGGCACAUUCCACUAACCUAUAUUACCAGUAAAUCUGACACUGUUCAGAGAUUUCUGAUGACAACUAAAGCAGAUGUCAUUAUCCUUCCAGAAGAGGUGGAGUGGGUUAAAUUCAAUGUGGACAUGAAUGGGUAUUAUAUUGUGCACUACAAAGGUGAUGGAUGGGAUCGCCUGAUUAACCUUUUGAAAGAGAACCAUACAGUGAUUAGCAGCAAUGACAGGGCAAGUCUCAUUAACAACAUAUUCCAGCUCGUGAGAAUAAAAAAAAAGUCCAUUUCCAAAGCUUUUGAUUUGACUUUGUACCUGAAACAUGAAAGACAAAUCAUGCCUGUACUCCAGGGUAUGAAUGAGCUGAUUCCUAUAUACAGGCUCGUGGAGAGGAGGGAUAUGGAUGGAACAGAAAAACAGUUAAAGGAGUAUAUAGUCAAUCUUUUUAAAGACCUGAUUGACAAGCAGUCUUGGAGUGAUGAAGGGUCAGUGUCUGAGAGACUGCUUAGGCAGUCGCUCCUGCUGUUUGCGUGCGUGCACAGGUACCAGCCAUGUGUGGACAAAGCCAGAGAUUAUUUUACAGAAUGGCAGAAAUCCAAUGGAACCUUGAGCUUGCCAGCAGAUGUGAAGACAGCAGUGUAUGCUGUUGGAGCACAAACGUCCGAAGGUUGGGAUUUCCUCCUUAGUAAGUACAGACUGCACUCGUUCAAUGUAGAGAGAGAGAAGAUUGAAUUAGCUCUCAGCCUCAGCAGGAGUAAGGACAAACUUCAGUGGUUAAUGGAUCAAGGUCUGCGUGGUGACAUCAUAAGAACUCAGGAUCUUCCACAUAUUAUUGUAUUUGUUGCCAAAAACCCAUCUGGCUAUCAUCUAGCUUGGAAUUUUUUAAAAGAAAAUUGGGAGAAAGUUGUAGAAAAAUUUGAACUCGGUUCGAAUUCCAUAGCAGGCAUUGUCACUGGUGUGACAAGUCGGUACUCGACAAGGUCACAGCUUGCACAGGUGAAAGAAUUCUUCAGUUCUCUGGAGGAAAAAAGUGCACAGCUUCGCUGUGUCCAGCAAGCUAUCGAAACCAUUGAAGACAAUAUACAAUGGAUGGCUAGAAAUUUUGAGAAAGUCAAAACUUGGUUGCAAAACAACCAUCUGUGUGAUCAAGCUAAGUACAAAGAAGGGCACGGUAGCAGUGGAACAUGUGCGUGGAACGAGGCUGUAUUUGCACCAGGAAAGCUGAGAGCAGAACUCUGA